CCCUUCCCCGCGCGCUCAGCCCCGGGGGGCGGGGGGACAAUCCUUGCCUUGUCUCGCCGUCUGCAUGUCCCGUUCUCUGUAGCCUCCGGUUAACGCCUUUUUUUCCAGGGCGGAGUCCCCAGCCCCGCUCCUCCUCCCUGCGGGCGGCUCUGCAGCUCGGGUUCCCCACAACCCCCCCCCCUCCCAUCCCACACACACACACACACCCUUGCCCCAGAACCUUCUCCCGAGUAGGAAUCCGAGCAGCACACAGCUCAGCCCCGUGAGGGCCCGUGUGUCCUCUCCGGCCUUCUCCCGGCUAUGGCUACCUCGGGCCUGGGACUCGGGCUUCUGCUCCCGCUGCUGUUACUGCUGCUGCUGCUGCCGGCUCCUGGGUCCUCUGCCUCCGAUCGGCCCCGGGCCGGUAACCCCGUCAACCCAGGCAAGCUGCUGGUGAUCACUGUGGCCACUGCGGAGACUGAGGGAUACCGGCGUUUCCUGCAAUCCGCAGAGUUCUUUAACUAUACUGUGCGGACCCUCGGCCUGGGACAGGAGUGGCGAGGGGGUGAUGUGGCUCGAACAGUUGGUGGAGGCCAGAAGGUCAGGUGGCUAAAGAAAGAAAUGGAAAAAUACGCAGACCAGGAGGACAUGGUGAUCAUGUUUGUGGACAGCUAUGACGUGAUUCUGGCUGGCAGCCCCUCAGAGCUGCUGAAGAAGUUCGUCCAGAGUGGCAGCCGCCUGCUCUUCUCUGCCGAGGGCUUCUGUUGGCCUGAGUGGGGGCUGGCUGAGCAGUACCCUGAGGUGGGCACAGGGAAGCGCUUCCUCAACUCUGGUGGAUUCAUUGGCUUUGCCCCUACCAUCCAUCAAAUUGUCCGCCAGUGGAAGUAUAAGGAUGAUGAUGAUGAUCAGCUGUUCUACACGAGACUCUACCUGGACCCAGGGCUGAGGGAGAAACUCAAACUUAAUCUGGACCAUAAAUCCCGGAUCUUCCAGAAUCUCAAUGGAGCCUUAGAUGAGGUGGUCUUAAAGUUCGAUCGCAACCGUGUACGCAUCCGAAACGUGGCCUAUGACACGCUUCCCAUUGUGGUCCAUGGAAAUGGCCCCACCAAGCUCGAGCUGAACUACCUAGGGAACUAUGUCCCCAAUGGUUGGACUCCCCAGAGUGGCUGUGGCUUCUGCAACCAGGAUCUGAGGAUACUCCCGGGGGGGCAGCCUCCCCCCCGGGUGCUUCUGGCCGUGUUUGUGGAACAGCCCACCCCAUUCCUGCCUCGCUUCCUGCAGCGGCUGCUGCUCUUGGAUUACCCUCCAGAAAGGGUCACGCUCUUUCUCCACAACAAUGAGGUUUACCACGAGCCUCACAUCGCAGACGCCUGGCCGCAGCUCCAAGACCACUUCGCAGCUGUGAAGCUGGUGGGGCCUGAGGAGGCCCUGAGCCCAGAGGAGGCCAGGGACAUGGCCAUGGACAGCUGUCGGCAGGACCCCGAGUGCGAGUUCUACUUCAGCCUGGAUGCUGACGCCGUCCUCACCAACGCGGAGACCCUGCGCCUCCUCAUCCAGCAGAACAGGAAGGUGAUAGCACCCAUGCUGUCUCGCCACGGCAAGCUGUGGUCCAACUUUUGGGGGGCCUUGAGCCCAGGCGAGUAUUAUGCCCGCUCUGAGGACUACGUAGAACUGGUACAGCGGAAACGAGUGGGCGUGUGGAAUGUGCCCUACAUCUCCCAGGCAUAUUUGAUCCGCGGGGAGACCCUGAGGACGGAGCUGACCCAGCGGGAUGUGUUCUCAAGUAGUGAUACUGACCCAGACAUGGCCUUCUGUAAGAGCCUUCGAGACAAGGGCAUCUUUCUCCACCUCAGCAAUCAACACGAGUUUGGUCGUCUGCUGGCCACUUCCCGGUAUGACACAGACCACCUGCACCCUGACCUGUGGCAGAUCUUCGACAAUCCUGUGGACUGGAAAGAACAGUACAUUCAUGAGAACUACAGCCGAGCCCUGGACGGGGAGGGCCUGGUAGAACAGCCAUGCCCCGAUGUAUAUUGGUUCCCGCUGCUAUCAGAGCAAAUGUGUGACGAGCUGGUGGAGGAGAUGGAGCACUACGGCCAGUGGUCGGGAGGCCGGCAUGAGGAUUCGAGAUUGGCAGGAGGCUAUGAGAAUGUGCCCACCGUGGACAUCCACAUGAAGCAGGUGGGCUACGAGGACCAGUGGCUGCAGCUGCUGAGGACGUAUGUGGGGCCCAUGACCGAGAGCCUGUUCCCGGGCUACCACACCAAGACUCGGGCUGUGAUGAACUUCGUGGUCCGCUACAGGCCGGAUGAACAGCCCUCUCUCCGACCCCACCACGACUCGUCCACCUUCACCCUAAACGUUGCCCUGAACCACAAGGGCGUGGAUUAUGAGGGAGGUGGCUGUCGCUUCCUACGCUACGACUGCAAGAUAUCGUCCCCAAGGAAGGGCUGGGCACUCCUGCACCCCGGCCGCCUCACCCACUACCACGAGGGGCUGCCCACAACCCGAGGCACCCGCUACAUUAUGGUGUCCUUUGUUGACCCCUGACAUUCAACCACUCUGCCGAACCUCCUCUGCCAUCGUGCCUUCUUGCGGGGCCGAACCCCCGUCCUUGGAGAGCGGGCUCUGCGCUGCCCUCUCCUCACUUCCUAGGACUGGACAUGCGGCCCACUCACAGCCCUCUCAGGAAGCUCCUGGGCGCCCCACCCUCCCUGUGGUCCCCAGGAGGCUCAUGGGGAAUGGAUUUCUGGGGGCUUCCUGAGGGAAUAAAUUAUUAAGGUUCCUCAGCCUUGUUCCAAAUAAAGGGGAUGAUUUGUAA